GUUUUCCAAGACCAACCAGCAGUGGGUCCCUGGCAUCGUUCGUGAGAUUUGGCCAGAUGGUUCUGUGCAUGUCCAAUACGAGCAGGCGCAGCACUUGUACAAAGUCCUGGCUCCGGAGCUGCAAGACUCCAUGCUGCGGGCUUCCAGCAACCAAGUUGUGGAAGCCGAGACGCAGGAGGAAGGCAGAGACUCCAGGGUGGCUGCGCUCGUCGAAGAGGCAGAGCGACUUAAGGCAACCAUAGCAAAGCAGCAGAAAGAGAUCAGUGCACUACAGCAAGAGCAGAGGCAGCAGCCACAGCCCUCUGAACCUGCGCAUCCGCCUGCGCAGUCGCGGCAGGUGCAGUCAAAGACAAGCGAGCAGCCCCGGCCGCAGCAAGCAGAGCAAAGGAAGAAGCAGACAUCAAAGCAAACCGAGCACCCAAAGGAGCAGAAUCUCCACGCAGCACAGGACGAGAACUGGACCUGCGCAGUGUGUACUUUUGAGAAUGUCGAGCCCCUUAUGGAGUGCGAGAUGUGUGGUGUGCAGCGUGCCUGCGCCAGUUCACCGCGAAGGAAGCGGCAGAAGAAGGGUCCACCGCCUGGCGUCCUGGAAGUGGAUGCUGCGUGGCAAGGCCUUAUGCGAUAUCAGGCUGUGCUGCAUGAGGAUCUUCCGAACCUGGCCCAGGAGGUUGCCAAGGUAGCCCCAGGUCCUGCGGAGUUUCUGCGGUGUGCCACCGCAGUGAUCGAGCCUGGGAUUGGUUCAGGCUCUGCGUCGCAGGUGCAGGGCCCCGAGGAUGAAGCAAUGAUCGACAUCCCGAUUCCCGAAUGCCUGUCUGCAGGCCCAGCUGGGCAGACGCUACGGUUGCCGCAGACGCUUCACGACCGAUUGUGCCCCUACCAGCGGGAAGGUGUGGCCUGGAUGUGGCAUUUGCAUGGUCGCAGGCACGGGGGCGUGCUAGCGGAUGAGAUGGGCUUGGGCAAAACAGUGCAGGCCCUGCAGUCUGAUCAAUGGGCGCAGGAACUGAAGAAGUGGUGCCCUGGCUGUCCGGUCUUCAUCUAUCACGGCUCGCCUACCCAUCGAGCGCGAGCACUUCGAGCAGUGUCGCGUGCGCGGGGCGGCGUGCUGCUUACCUCCUACGCCAUCAUCAAGAAUGAAGACGAAAAGCUGGCCAUGGUGGACCUGGCAGAGGAUGCUGACGGCACCUGGCUGCGAAAGUCAGAUCGACAGCCUUCGACGGGGAAACGGCAACGAGGAGGUUUGCGUGGCGCAGCUUGGAUGAAGCCCUGGGACCUUGUGAUUUGUGAUGAAGCGCACGUUAUGCGCACGAUUUCGACACUGCUUGGCAAAGCCGUCCGGCGGCUGAAGGCAGACUGCCGUGUCCUCUUGACCGGCACCCCUGUUCAAAACGCCUUGCAAGAUCUCUGGGCUCUGAUGGACUUCGCCCAGCCCGGGCUCUUGGGCAACCAUGCCACCUUCACCAAGCGCUUCAAUGACCCAAUUGAGAAGGGCAGCGUGCGGGAUGCUUCGCCCUCUGCGGUAGCGCUGAAGAAGCAUCUCUGUGAACAGCUCUGGGAGCUCGUGAGGCCACAUCUUCUGCGACGAACAAAGGAUCGCGUUGGCCUGAUGGACAAUGGCGCCCCGCACAGCGCACGUGAUGUGCAGGGCAGCACAGAAGCCAUGGCAUCUGCACUGACGAAGCCUUUGCCAGCGCGGACAGAGUUCGUUGUAUGGUUGGUGCCCACCAAGGACCAGGUUCGCAUUUAUCAGAAGGCCCUUGAGACAAGUGAAAUCAUCCACGAAGCAAACAGCAAAAGCAAGCUGGGAGUCGAAGUCUUCCGAGCCAUCGGCCUUUUGAAGCGGCUAUGCAACCAUCCCAGCCUGGCACUGCCCUCGCAUGACGCCUGGCAUCGAGCUGUGGCCACUGCAGGGGAGGCCAGGAGGAUUGGGAAGAUGCAGGCUGCAGAUAAAUGGGGCAUGUUUCUUGAGGACGCAGAGCCUGGAAAGGCGGUGGAGCGUAUGCUCAGGAACCUCAAAGGGGAUGUGAACGCGAUGGUCACGCAGAGUGCCAAGCUGAAGUGCCUCGCUUCUCUGUUGCCGGCAUUGGAGUCCCGUGGGCAUCGGACGCUGAUCUUCUCGCAGGGCAUUCGCAUGAUGGAUUUGGUAGAGAUCUGCAUCUUGCGAAAGCAGAAGAUCAAAUACCUGCGCAUUGACGGACAGACCGAGAUUGUGGCGCGGAAUGAGCGGGUGCGGCUCUUUCAGACUGAGCCGCAGUCCUACAGUUGCAUGCUGCUGACAACGAAGGUCGGCGGCUUCGGCUUGAACCUGACCUCUGCAGAUCGCAUCAUCAUCCUGGACCCUGCCUGGAAUCCUGCGGUCGACAUGCAAGCUGUGGAUCGGGCCCACCGGAUCGGACAAGAGCGAGAGGUGAGGACCUACCGGUUGGUCAUGAGUGGCCUCAUUGAAGACAAGAUGUUCCGCCUGCAGGUCUUCAAGAUGGGCCUGACAAAAACAGCCCUCGAGACCAAGCAGCAGCAGCGGUAUUUCACCGCCGAGGAGAUCCAUGGGCUCUUUGAAUGGACGGAUCCUGCGCACGGCGAGACGCGUGCACUACUGCGGCAUCAGCAUGGCAUCGAAGAUCCGUGGCUGUAUAACAUUGUACAACCUCUCUGCAAGCUUGCCGCCGCAAAGCAUUUACCUUUCCAGCAGUACUGGGCCAUUGUGAGCUGCUCAGUAUUUUUUGCGGCAGCCUGCCGCUUGAAGGUAGUGUCGACAAGACACGAUGGCAGGUGUGGGAGUUGUAACAAUCUUUGA